AUGUCCGGCCAAUCCUCGACCAGAAAGCUGAUGCGUCAGAAACAAUGUCGCCGCAGAAUAAAUGUGAUGAAAAAGGCAUAUGAGUACAGCAAGUUGUGCAACGCAGAUGUAUGCAUGGGGAUUCGCAUGCGGGAGACGGGCCAGGUACAUAUUCUGUCCGCAGAUCCAUCGGGCUUUUGGGCUUUUUUGACUACACAACUGAGCGCCUACUAUCCGACUCCAAAUAUGGUAAACGAUCGUGAUUUCAACAAGGGUGGGAAGGAAACAACGAUCAAUAGUGUGCACUAA